UGUUGAGUUUCUCUGCAGUCAGCAAACCAGUUGCAGCAUGAGACCAGCCAGUUGCAAGUACAUGAUUCAAGCAAGAUGAAGAUGUGUGCCGAUGUAUCUGAGACUUCACAGGGAUGUUACAAGAUGAGAUAACAGUCUUCAAAAAUGAUAUUGUCCAGGUACAUUCUGUGGUGGAUAGACACUGGCUGGAGGCUGAGGGUGGUGGUUCAGUGGGUCGCGUUCCUUCUAGCAUCCUGGUCAAGACUGAGGUACCCCCUCAUCCAUCACAUCUCCCACUGUUUGUUGCAUCAGCAGAGUUCAUGCCAGCUCAGCCUGGGGAUCUUGGCUUAGUUAGAGGCUGCUUUGUGAUUGGCUUAAACCCCAUUGAUGAAUCAUGGUGGUGUGGAGAGAUCAAUGGGAAAAAAGGCAUAUUUCCUCUUAACUUUGUAUGGAGAAUCAACAAGGACAUCAUUGAGGAGGAAGACAGGAGAGAAAAGCCAGUCAGGCUGAAGGGGAAAGUAAAUAUGAGUCUUCGCGCUCAGCUUCCAGACGAGUUAGACUUGUAUGUCGGGGAUAUUGUUAAUAUCACCCAUGUGGUGGAUAAAGAUUAUUUCAGAGGAGAGAGCAAUGGAACGGCUGGAAUCUUUCCAAGUAGCUUUGUGGAUGUUAUUGAAGAAAGUUCAGUGCCUUUAUCACCUGCUCUGUAUCCUGAUGAGAGUAAUCCUGUAGCUGUAUGUAGUAGAUCCUCAUCAGAUAAUCCUGAUGCGAGUGCUGGUCAUACACGACAGGAUUCUGCACAUGUCACUCUGCCAUUAUCGAGCCUCGAAGCACCUGUGCCUAGUGUGGAUUACAAUGUUCCUGUCACAGAAUACUCUUCAUGUAAUGCAAAUAUUACUUCCAUUGCCCCAACUCCCGAGUCGGUAGGACAAGUUUUUGACGAGCCGGUAACCCUGUCCAAAACUUCAUCUUAUUGGAAAACUGUAGGAAAUGAAGAUGAUUCAGAUAUUUUUGAAGAUGACUACUUUAAAGUAAACAUGCCUGGUGUGUUUUCAUCUGGAAAUGGAAAUGUAUCUACUAAUAAAACCAAUAGUAGAUGUGUAAUUACCCCAACCAUAAGCCAAGCCAGUGCCUCACCUUCAUUUUCAAAUUUAAAAUUUAGGCACGAAAGCAUUAACGAGUCUUCAGUUGUUAAAGACAAAUCAUACCAAAUAUCACCAUUCACAAGUGAAGUACCGGUAAGUACUACGGAUGCAUCUCAGUUUGCAGAUGAAGCUUCUCCAUACACAAGUGAUGGGAAGCAUAGAUACGAAAACAUUUUUAAUUAUGAUUUAAAGCCAGUUCCUGCUGUUGAUGUGAAUAUCCAGUCAAUCACAGAUACUACGGGUGUGUGCAAGGAUGAAAUGAAACCAAGUGCCUUCUCAAGUCUCCAAGAAACUGAACAUGUCGGAGUUCUCAACUCGCUAUCACAGAAAGUGGAAGACUAUUUUUCAAAUAAUCUAUUGGAAGAAAAUGAUAUAAACAAAUCAUUACCCACUAAUAAUAACUCUCUAAUUCAAGAUUUUAACUCUUUGUCUUCUCCUGGCUAUAAUGAGGACAACACGGGUAUAGAACCUUAUGGCCGGGCAUUGUUUUCCUUUAGAGCUCAAUAUCCGAAUGAGUUGACCUUCAAAAAGGGAGAUAUUAUCCACCUUCUGAAGCAUGUAGAUUCACACUGGACGUUGGGUCGUGUUAGAGAUUCUAAAGGAAUAUUUCCCACUUCUUAUGUUGACAUCAUUGUAAAUUGCCUUCACAAUGAAGAGGAAUUAUUUUUAGCUAGAUCCGAGGCAGUGCUACAACUAAAACAUUUAGGCCAGGCUAAAGCGGAAUAUGAUUUUCAGGCUGUAAUGUCUGGUGAUAUGCCUUUGACUAAAGGGGAGAUUCUCAAAAUAUUGAAAUAUGUUGACAAUAACUGGGUUAUUGUAGAGAACAGGACUGGUGCUAAGGGUAUGUGUCCCAAAAAUUAUUUGUCUAUACUAGAUGAGGAAGCUUCAGGUGACUCACAAGAGCUUAAAACUCUAAUAAGCUCCUCUUCUGAUGCAGGAAUUGAACGAGAAUCAAGGCUUCCAGUUCAAGAUAUACGGCAUGAUCGGUCAAGAAGUUCCUCUCCAUUUAAUACCUCUGGGAAAAGACGAUCUUAUAACAAGGAAGAUUUUGGUUCUAUAAAACAGCAAGAUGUUGAACCUGUAUUAGCUAAAAAUGUAGCUUCUUUAACAUUAAAGGGUAGUGUAGGGCAGCUUGAUAAAAAGGGCUGUGGAAGUAUCUUUCCAGAUAAGAUGGCAAGUACAGAAGAUGAAGACCAUUUUGCUUUGAAAGAGGGACCAAUCAAAUCCACAUCCUUGCCACUCUUUCCAACUAGGCUGAAGAAAAUGUCUCGCUCGGAUGCCAAUACUACUGUGGCUGGAACCUUUCAGGUUUCUCCAACAGUGUCAUCUUCAGUCUCGCAAUCGUAUAACACCACAUCUUCAGGUACAGCCUCAUCUAUUCCAGUAUCUACUGUUGCCUCAGCCACCACCAUUUCUCAGCCUCCGGUUGCAGCUCCAAGAUCUACAAAUGUGCCUCCAAUUCCCCCAAGAACAAAAAUUUAUAGAAGUGAUUCCUCAAAGUCUGUAACAGGUCUAUCAACUACAGUGAUGGCAGCUAAUUCCAAAAUUGAAGAAGUGGUAGAAAGUGUCGUCAGUGGAGUAACUGCUGCAAAUGUACCAGUAAGCAACCCAUCACCUCAUCAGCCUCAAAAGUCAUCAACUUCUGCGUCUAAUUCACAAGAACCAAUUUAUGCUAGAGUACAAAAGCCUCGAUUAGCAGCCAAGCCAUCAUUGCAAACAUGUCGACAGAAGAAAGGGCAGGAAGGUGCUUCGUCUAAAACUUCUCUAGUUCGAAGUGAUAGUGCAGCUUUCCCAGAUGAUGUUUCUCGGGUUUCAAACUGUAGUGAAGGAACUUGCUCAACAGAAGAAAAUGAUGGCAGCUCCUCCCCAGUUCUUGCACCUCAGCGACCAGCUCCACCACCACCUCCAAAAGCCUUUGAUAUGUACUACGAAGAGGUUGAAGAAUACUACUCAUUACCGCCGGAAGAAUCAGAAAUGGCGAACGUGCAAGUAACAGCUCCCUCGACAGGAGUUGGGAAAACUGAGUCGGUAGCAUCGUGUGAGGAUGAGGAUGCAGCUGGUGGCACUAAGGAUGUUGAGGAAAUACAGUCACCUGAGAGUAGUGAGGCCUCUGCAAAGGAAGUCGAGUCAAAAGCUAAGGUAAGAGCAAAUCAUCGACGGGAACUAGUGCGAGAGAUUGUCACCACGGAACACGAGUACAUCCAUGAUCUUGAAGCACUAAUCCAAGUGAUUAGCUUAGCACCCUCGCAAAAAGAAUCGCAGUUUGUGAAUCUCGACACACUGAUGGGUAAUAUAAGCCAGGUUGUAGUGGUGGCCAAGAAGUUUUUAUCAUUGUUGGAUAAAGUUGCAUACGAGACUGACGAUGAAUUGCGUGUGGGUUGUAUAUUUCUUUUGUGUGCCGAGGAACUCUGCGAAGUGUACAAAGUGUAUUGUUCGAACCACAAUGUUGCUGCUGAACCCCUACUGAAGAAGUACAUAGAAGAACCAGAGCCAACAGCAUUUCUUCAGUGGGUUCUGAGUGAACUACAGCAGCAUAAAAUUCAGUUGAUGGAUAUGAGAUCUGUUCUCAUUAAGCCUGUGCAGAGAGUUCUCAAAUAUCCAUUAUUUUUGGAUCGGUUGGUGAGUGAGACUCCACAAGAUCAUCCCGACUACCUGGACUUGCUGGAGGCUAAAACCAAGAUGGCAAAUGUUGCAAAGGAAAUUAACGAUUACACAAAGAGACUUGAUUUAGUUAACAAAUAUCGGUUUGAAUCUGAUCAGUCACUGCAGAGCAAGAUGCAAAGAGUUUCUUUGCAUUCUGUGGCGAAAAAGUCGGCAAGAAUCUCCACCCUUGUCUCUGAAAUGCUGGGAAUUAUGAGCCAGACUAAGGAUCCAGAAUUUGACGAAGAAGUAGCAAGGUUGCGGUGCGUGCAGAGGACUGCGUUAGCCGUGACACAAAAUGUGGGUGUUGUGCUGCAGGGGAUAAAAGCUCGCCACAGGGCGGAACUGGAGCUGGCUAAGGGUCUGGUAGCCACACUGCAUCAGACAGCAAGAACUCCAGAGGUUGAUGCAGUUCUAAGAGCAGCAUCGGACUCUUGCAAUAGAUUGUUUGAAAUGUUUGACAAGUUUGUGAAACAUCGCAUACUUAUGCCGGCUAAGCAAUUGCUUUGCUUGUGCGAGGUACCAGAGCGACUGAUCCUUAAAAGAAAUGACAAGAUACUGGAUUAUGAUAAUGCGCAAUAUAAGCUGGAUAGAAACAGGGACCCUACUCGGACUAGAAUUCUUGAGGAAGAGUUGCUGAUAGCAAAGGGAACAUAUGACGCUUUCAAUACUCAGCUGAUGAUGGACUUGCCAGUACUAACCAACUUAGGGACUGAAAUAAUGAUUCUCGCCACACGGUCAUUUGUCGCUGCUCGUAUGUAUCUCCAGGGACAUUUGGCUCAGCAGUACCUCCGCCUGGCUCAGGUUCCUGGGCUAGCAUAUACUGGUGAAGAAGACAUGUUGGCCCAAUUCCGUGUAAAGUACUUGCAGCAGAUGGGAGAGUUCCGACAGCUGAGUUUCAUCCCUGCCGACACCUUGCAGAGAACCCUGCCUAGAGCAAAGCCUCGGGGGCGUAAGAGUCUGGAUAAUACCCAACUCAAGAAAGAGGCUUGUGAGUCAUUGAAGAAAAAGGUUCUGAGCAGUUAUCCAGCCGAACUGAUCUAUGUGGUGACUGAGGUUCACACUCCGGCAGAGGUGAUGGAGCUCACUCUGUAUCCUGGGGACCAUGUCGCCCUCCUUAAAAACAAAGAUCCUCUCGGCCGCUCUGACCGCUGGUCUGUAGAUGAUGGAGAAAAUAAAGGAUUUGCAAGAUCGACAUCUUUGAAACCCCUUCAAGGACAGGAGAACAGAAUGGGUGUAGCUACAGCUUUGCCAUCUGCUACUCAACACACCAUAGCAUCCUCCAAUGUACCUGGUAUAUCUGCCCUUGCUCCUCGACCUUCAACCCUUCCACGUGCUGCCCCUACGCCACCCAUACCAGAACGUCCCCCACGUUAUGAAGACUUGUUCCCUGCUAGCUCGUCUGGUGGUGCUGGAGUUGCCUCACAAGGUUACCCGACAGUAGGUCAGCAGGCACCCCCACCCUGCUACUCAAUUGGUCAAUCUUCUCCAGGUCCCUUAACUCAGGCUCCCUUGCCACCUAAAUCGGGUUACCCAGAACCAUCAUCCAGGAGUACCUUUUAUUCAGAAAUAUCCGAGAGCGAAUAUUACAGCCCACCUUUGGAUAGACGACAGUCAAAUGAAUACAACUCUCCUAUCUCUGAAGACAACAACAUAUAUGAAGAAAUUGACCAAGGCAUAGCGUGUGGUGGAGUUGGUCAAGAGGUGGACGAUAAGGAAAGUAGUCCAAUCUAUGAAGUUAUUGAAGAUGGACAGCUGGUUGAAGAUUCUUGCUUAAAUGCUGAUACAGCGCCAGGUCUUCUACCUGGAUUAGAAGCUGAAGAGACUCAGUUUUAUUAUGCUCUAUACAACUUUGGUGGAUCUGAUCCCACUCAACUGAAUUUGGCAGCUGGCCAGGUGGUGCUGGUUCUACAUGCCAAAUCUUCAGACUGGUGGUUUGUGGAGGAUCGUGCUGGUAAUCAAGGAUAUGUGCCAGCUUCUUACCUUACCAAAUACUCGUAAAAUUGUCUUCACCUCCAAAUUGCAGAUCUGAUCCAUAAUUACAUAAGGUUAUGUUGACCAGACCACACACUAGAAAGUUAAAGGA